CCUGAAUGUCAGAGACAAAUUGCAGUCUCCCAACCGUCGGCUGCAGCCGGCGGGGCUGCGUACGCCUUGCGUGGGGUGCCGGGACAGCGCUCCUCCCCGCUAGCCGCCCCUCUGUCGGUCACUGGAGGCCAGGCUCCCAGAAAGCAAAAAGCCGCGGCGGACGGACAAGGCGCGCCCAGCGCCUUCCGGAGCCGCUGAGGGUCUUAACUGUAACAGGGAGGGGCCUCCCGGGAGCAGCGGCGGGCGAGUUAAAGUAUGCUGGGAGCGGUGAAGAUGGAAGGGCACGAGCCGUCCGACUGGAGCAGCUACUAUGCCGAACCCGAGGGCUACUCGUCCGUGAGCAACAUGAACGCCGGCCUGGGGAUGAACGGCAUGAACACUUACAUGAGCAUGUCGGCGGCCGCCAUGGGCAGUGGCUCGGGUAACAUGAGCGCCGGUUCCAUGAACAUGUCGUCGUACGUUGGCGCGGGCAUGAGCCCGUCCCUGGCCGGCAUGUCCCCCGGGGCAGGCGCCAUGGCGAGUAUGGGAGGCUCGGCCGGGCCGACUGGCGUGGCAGGCAUGGGGCCGCAUCUGAGUCCGAGCCUGAGCCCGCUUGGGGGGCAGGCGGCCGGGGCCAUGGGCAGCCUGGCCCCCUAUGCCAACAUGAACUCCAUGAGCCCCAUGUACGGGCAGGCGGGCCUAAGCCGCGCCCGUGACCCCAAGACGUACCGGCGCAGCUACACGCACGCCAAGCCGCCCUAUUCGUACAUCUCGCUUAUCACCAUGGCCAUCCAGCAGAGCCCCAACAAGAUGCUGACGCUGAGCGAGAUCUACCAGUGGAUCAUGGACCUCUUCCCCUUCUACCGGCAGAACCAGCAGCGCUGGCAGAACUCUAUCCGCCAUUCGCUAUCCUUCAACGACUGCUUCCUCAAGGUGCCCCGCUCGCCCGACAAGCCCGGCAAGGGCUCCUUCUGGACCCUGCACCCCGACUCGGGCAACAUGUUCGAGAACGGCUGCUACUUGCGCCGCCAGAAGCGCUUCAAGUGUGAGAAGCAGCUGGCUCUAAAGGAAGCCGCUGGCGCUACAGGCGGUGGAAAGAAGGUGGCUGCCGGGGCUCAGGCCUCGCAGGGUCAGCUCGGGGAGGCCUCCGGGCCAGCCUCCGAGACUCCGGCGGGCACCGAGUCACCCCAUUCAAGCGCCUCUCCGUGCCAGGAGCACAAGCGAGGAGGGCUGGGGGAGCUGAAGGGGACGCCAGCCUCAGCGCUGAGUCCCCCGGAGCCGGCGCCCUCGCCCGGGCAGCAGCAACAGGCCGCGGCCCACCUGCUGGGCCCUCCCCAUCACCCGGGCCUGCCGCCCGAGGCCCACCUUAAGCCGGAGCACCACUACGCCUUCAACCACCCCUUCUCCAUCAACAACCUCAUGUCCUCGGAGCAGCAGCACCACCACAGCCACCACCAUCACCAGACCCACAAAAUGGACCUCAAGGCCUACGAACAGGUGAUGCACUACCCCGGCUAUGGUUCCCCAAUGCCGGGAAGUCUGGCCAUGGGCCCGGUCACGAACAAAGCGGGCCUGGACGCCUCGCCCCUGGCCACGGACACCUCCUACUACCAGGGGGUGUACUCCCGGCCCAUUAUGAACUCCUCUUAAGACAGCUGCAGCCCGGCUAGCCCGGAAUAAGGACAAGAGAGGAAGUGGGGUGGAGACUUUGAGGUAGGGGUGUUGGAGAGAUGCAAGGAAGAAGAAAUCCAUUACACCCCCACCCCCAGGACAGCAGUCUCCCUCUGUAGCUCUUCCCUCCCAAAUAGAUGGGCCACACUGAUAUGUAUCAUUCUAUAUAAGGAGGGAAAGGGGGUUGGGGGAAGAUAAACAGUAAAAACGAAAAAAGCCCCCGGUUUCCACUACCUUGUAGACACCUGCUUCUUGAAGCAUCUGGGAAUUCUGAUUUUGUUGUUGUUGUUGUUCUCCUCCAUUGCUGUUGUUGCAGGGAAGUUUUACUUUAUAAAACAAAACAAACAAAUCCAACAAACUUUUGUGACUCAUUGUAAAACCAUGUAGUUUUAACAGAAUCAGAGAGUUGUACUAUUGUAUAAAAAGAGAAAAAAAAUGAUGUAAGGGUCUGUUGUAAAUGACCAAGAAAAAAAAUGCAUUCUCAUUCUUGACACAGUGAAAUCCAGGUCUCGGGUCUGAUUAAUUUAUGGUUUCUGUGUGCUUUAUUUAUGGCUUAUAAAUGUGUGUUCUGACUGCAAGGACCAGAGUUCCACAAAUCUAUAUUAAAGUGUUAUUGCCGGUUUUAUUCCUUGA